GGCCGCUACGCCAAUCUGAUUCCGUUUCACGAUAAGCGAGGGAAGCGCAGCCAAUCAGAGCUCGCGGCGGAAAAGGCGCCAGGCCGAUGUUGAUCGGAGGCGCGAGGACGCCAGUCCCUGUGAGGGCGGUGGCGGCCAUGGCGGCGGCUGGGCUGAGAGGGCGCGGUGGGAGAGCCCCGGCCGUCGUCGCGCUGAGGCUGGCCCUGCUCCUUGGGGCCGCGCUGGGCUCUGCCCGGGCCAGGGUGUAUUUCCAGGAGCAGUUUCUAGACGGAGUCAACUGGCAGAAGAGGUGGAUUAAUUCUGAGUACAAGGCAGACCUUGGAAAGUUUAAACUCACUGCAGGGAAGUUUUACGGAGAUCCAGUGCGAGAUAAAGGUCUACAAACUAGUGAAAACUCUAAGUUUUACGCUAUCUCCUCACGAUUUAAACCAUUUAGUAACAAAGGGAAGACUCUGGUCAUUCAGUAUACUGUGAAACAUGAGCAGAAGAUAGACUGUGGUGGGGGAUAUGUUAAGAUUUUUUCCUCAGACUUGGACCAGAAGAACCUAAGGGGAGAUUCACAUUAUUACAUCAUGUUUGGGCCAGAUAUUUGUGGAUCUGAGACAAAGAAAGUCCAUGUUAUUUUAAAUUACAAGAAUAAACCCCAUCCAAUCAAGAAACCGAUCAGAUGCAAGGUUGACGGAUAUACACAUUUAUAUACUUUGAUUAUAAGGCCAGAUCAGACUUAUGAAGUAAAAAUUGAUAACGAAGUGGUUGCAUCUGGCAACUUAGAAGAUGAUUUAGAUUUUUUGCCACCAAGGAAAAUUAAUGAUCCAACAGUGAGGAAACCCACUGACUGGGAUGAUCGAAUCCAAAUUGAUGACCCAAAUGACAUUAAACCUGAGGAUUGGGAUGAACCUGAAUAUAUCAUGGACACUAGUGCUGAGAAACCUGAAGGCUGGGAUGAUGCUGCGAAUGGAGAAUGGCAUUAUCCUAUGGUCAAGAAUCCUCUAUACAGAGGGGAAUGGAAACCAAGGCAGAUUGAUAACCCAAAUUAUAGAGGAGUUUGGCCUCAUCCACAGAUUGACAAUCCAAAUUACUCACCAGACUCCAGCAUCUAUAGCUAUGAAAAUAUUAGCAUCAUUGGACUAGAUAUCUGGCAGGUGAGAGCUGGCACAAUUUUUGACAACUUCUUGAUAACAGAUGAUGAGGUUUAUGCAGAAGACUUUGGAGAUGAAACAUGGGGAGAAACGAAGGGUCCUGAAAAGGAAAUGAACAUAAAGCAGACUGAGGAAGAGCAGGAGAGAGAAAGGGUUACAGAAGAAAAAUACUUUGAGCAAUGGUUUAAGAAAAAGCUAGAGAGAAAAAAAGAAUCUGGAAAGGUUAGAGCAGUGAGGAACACUAUUGAGAAGGAAGAGCUUUAAUUGUUAUUUGAAAGAAGUUCACUUUUUUUUACUUAAGUCUCUCUAUAGAGAUUUUGGUUGUUAACAGCUUGUUGGAAUCUGCAGUGAUACAGUUGUAUUAAAACAGGAUUUUUUUUAAAAAUUCAACGUUAAAUUUUGUGACCAGUUUCAGUUAUUUUUAAUAAAAAUACCAUAACAUAGUUAAAUUCUCUAUAGAAAGGUUGUUUUUUUUAUUAACUGUAUCUUAGCCCUCCUAAAAUACAUUAAAAACACCUGUAAUAAAGUACUAGGUUUUGAAAGCGUUCUAUACUUUCAUGGUUUAAUAUUAAAUGUAAAAUUCAUGC